AUGGCUAAAGGAAGAGGAAAACCAGGAAAGUCUCUGAAGGUGGCCUUACAGUCACAGCAAUCUCGUUUUAUAGCCAAAGAACGUGCGGCCCAUGCAGCAGAGGUUGCCCAAGCAAAAGAAGACCGAGCUCGAGGAAAGAAACGUAAACUAGACCACCAGAAUCCGACACCAGCCAAACCUAAAGCGGGGAAGGACGGUGAAAAGGGCAAAUCCAAAGCAGUAGAAGAAAUCCCGAAACGUCCAACCAUUCCUUUUCUGCCGACAGAUACGAUCCUUCUGGUUGGUGAAGGAAACUUUUCCUUUGCCCGUGCCCUGGUUUCAUGCCAAUCACCAUUAUCAUCUUCGUCGACGCCUUCUUCUCCGUCGUCCUCAAACGCUUCCCAUGACCAACAUCUAUCUCUUGUUCUUUUAGCCCAGUUACCACCGAACAAUGUUACAGCUACCGCUUAUGACACUGAAGAAGAAUGCUACGCGAAAUAUCCGGAGGCGUCAGACGUUGUAAAAGACCUUCGUUCGAAGGGCGUCGAGGUCGUUUUUGGAGUUGAUGCUGCAAAACUCGAAGUAUUGGCGAAGAGGAAAGGGAAAGGGAAAGGAAAAGAGCUGAGGAAGUGGGAUAAAGUUGUUUGGAAUUUCCCUCACGCUGGGAAAGGCAUCACAGAUCAGGAUAGAAAUAUCCUCUCUAAUCAAUUACUCAUUCUUGGUUUUUUGAGAUCUGCAGCCAAGGUACUAAAGGAGGGACCUGUGCCCGAUAUCACAUCGUCAACGGGCAAAAAGAGAAAACGAAGGGAUGAUGACGAGGACGAGGACUCUGACGAAGAGGAUCUGACUCAUUUACCAUCCGCAGGCUCGAGGGGAACGGUCCUAAUAACACUACGAAACGUCCCUCCCUACACCUUGUGGGACGUUCCAAAGCUUGCAAAGAAUCCACCGCCCCCAAAGCAAGGUAGUACACCGCCAAACCCGAAAUACACGCUCUUGCGUUCGUUUGCUUUCUAUCGUGGAUUAUGGAAAGGAUAUGAGCACCGGAUGACGAAAGGGGAGAGAGUACACGGUGCGGGUAGAACAGGCGAAGGCGGAGAGGAUAGAACAUGGGAGUUUUGUCUGAAGGAUACAGAUGAAAAGUGA